AUGACUCCGUACCUUGCCGCAUGUCGAUCGAUUAUCGAUCGCGAUCAUGAGUCAGCAACUGCUAUCGGUGGACUAUAUGUGUGUGUUUGUGACCUUUACCAGCACUCUUUUUCGGUACAAGGCUUAACAACUGUUGGUAUGAGUUGGAAAGAAAAACUGCAUGUUGGACGUGAAUUUCUCGACAUUAUUGAUUUCCGGAGUUUUUCGAUUGAUUUUGCACAAUCUUACAUGGCAUUAUGA